UUCUCCUUGUUUUAAAUGUACAUAUUUUCAGAAUAAAAUUAUGUAUUUUAUUUUUCGUUGCCUGUAAUGCUGAAGAAGAAUGUUUAAGUGGUAAAAGUUAUUGGUGCUACGAAUGUGAAUCUUGGUCUGAUCCAAGAUGCAAAGAUCCUUUCAACUGGACAGCCUUACCUAGUGAGCUGCCUGCUUUGAAGCAAUGCGAUGGUUGCUGCGUAAAAAUUGUCACUAAUUAUAAACAACCUAAUGAAAAUAUUCGGAGGACCUGCACAAAAGAUAUAGUCAUAAAUCUCUUUAUGGUAGACCACGUAUGCAUGUAUGAAGGCCACAAAACAGGCCACAUGUGCUUUUGCGAAGGCGAUCACUGCAACGAGGGACCACAUUUAAGGCCGCCAUCUAUGUUAGUUGGCUUCCUCAGCUUCAUCUGUUUGUUCUUCGCUCAGAAACUGAUGAUAGCUCAACUCUGAUGAUAUUCAUCAGUGAACUGAUAUGUACCAUGAGGCACACAAAACGACAUUUCAAGAAGGAAAGAAAGAGAAAGGAAUUGGAAUGUCACAGUUCUUUAAUGUACAAACUGCAUGCGAAAACAAAACCACAUCGCAUCUAUAUAUCUUUUGCAGCGCGUGGUUCAUUAUUUUAAAUAUAUUCCCUAGGCCAUAAUAUUUCAAACGCUAUACUCAUUCGAGUAAUGUACUUAUACUCUUAUGCGUUUUCACAUUUUAACACAUUUUUUCUUUAAAAAUUAAAAAUUGUUUGAAAAGUUAUCCGUGCAUGCAAAAGAUAUGCGGUUUCAAUAAAUAAGUAUUUUCUCUUA